GACACAAAUGAAAGACAGUUCCUCACGGCCACCCUUGCACACUCACACCGGCAUGCACGUACACUCAUGUGCCCACACACAGCGCCAGAGCGGGGGAGACGCCCAAGAGAGCCCCCAGGUCCCACUGAAUCCAUCGACAAUAAUGACAUCACUUUGCCUGUGAACAGUGUUUCACACCUUACUGAACACUUUCAAAAUUUCACGGAGUCCGCUUUUCCUGUGGGAGCCGCUGGGUCGAAAGGAGCGUGGUUGUCUCCUCUCCCUGCCAUGGCGUGUGCUUGUCCACUGAUAUCAGUGUACUCCGAAAAGGGGGAAUCAUCUGGCAAAAAUGUCACUUUGCCUGCUGUGUUCAAGGCUCCCAUUCGACCAGAUAUUGUGAACUUGCGGAAAAACAAUAGACAGCCCUGUGCUGUCAGUGAAUUAGCAGGUCAUCAAACCGGCACUGAGUCAUGGGGUACUGGCAGAGCUGUGGAUCGAAUUCCCAGCGUUCAAGGCGGUGAGACUCAUCAUUCAGGCGGGGGUGCCUUUGGCAACAUGUGUUGUGGAGGCCGCAUGUUUGCACCAACCAAAACCUGGCACCGCUGGCACCGCAGAGUAAACACAACACAGAAGCGAUAUGCCACCUGCUCUGCCUUGGCUGCCUCGGCCUUACCAGCGCUGGUCAUGUCUAAAGGUCAUCGUAUUGAGAAAGUUCCUGAACUUCCUUUGGUGGUUGAAGAUAAAGUUGAAGGCUACAAGAAGACCGAGGAGGCCUGGAAUGAUAUCAAAAAAGUCUACGUUCAGCGAAUGAGAGCUGGCAAGGGCAAAAUGAGAAACUGUCGUCGUAUCCAGCGCAGGGGACCUCGCAUUAUCUAUAAUGGUAUCAUCAAAGCCUUCAGAAACAUCCCUGGAAUUACUCCGCUUAAUGUAAGCAAACUGAACAUUUUGGAACUUGGUCCUGGUGGGCAUGUGAGCUAUUUCUGCAUUUGGACUGAAAGUGCUUUCCACAAUUUAGAUGAUCUGUGUGGCACUUGGUGUAAAGCUGCCUCCUUCAAGAGUAACUACAACCUUCCCACACACAAGAUGCUCAAUACAGACCUUAGCAGAAUCUUGAAAAGCCCAGAGAUUCAAAGAACCCUCCGAGCACCAUGCAAGAAGAUUCAUCGCAGAGUCCUAAAGAAGAAUCCACUGGAAAACCUGAGAAUCAUGUUGAAGCUAAACCCACAUGCAGAGACCAUGCACCGGACCAUUUUUCACCAGGCCAAGAAUCACCAGCUGCAGGUGGAUAAAGCCGCAGCAGCUCUAGAAGCCAAAUCAGGUGAGAAGGGGGUUCCAGGCAAGAAGCCAGCGGUAGGGAAGAAAGGGAAGAAGGCUGUUGGUGGGAAAAAGCAGAAAAAGCCUUUGGUGGGAAAAAGGGUAGCUACGAAGAAACCAGCAGCUGAGAAGAAGCCUGAGGAAAAGAAACCCGCCACAGAAGAAAAGAAGCCUGGGCAUAAACUGAAGUUUGUUUAUUCCAUAAAGGUCAAAUCACUUUGGACAGCUAAUUUGGAAUAAAAGCCUGAUCAAAGUGGCAGGGAGAAACAUAAAAAAAAGAAAAAGUUUCACGGAGUCCUUGUACCAGCGUGGAGGUCUGUGCAACUUACCCGUUUUCCAAAUGAAGAGCUGGACGUGUAGACGAGUGUUGCUAGACCCGAAAUCAAGGCUCAAAAGCCAUGUGUUAUUGAUCAAAGUCCACCUCCCUUGCCCUACAGCUGUCCCCAUAGGCACCCCUACGUUUCUUGUGUAAUUAGUCCAGUUCCCUUGUGUACCAAUAACUGCCACAAGUUAAUUGUCAGUCCUUCCUGUAGGAGGACAGCCUCUGCCCAGGAGAUGGUAAGGACCUGUGUGGGCACUGGGAUGUCCACAGCCUCAUGUCCCCAGAGGCAGGCAUGGAGAGGUGCUCCCGUGUUUGUUGAUAGGGUGGACACACUGUCUCUAACCACUGGAGAGGUCGUGAGCAGCACAGCUCCUCCAUCAGCUCUCGAGGGAACCGCUUAAUCACUGAUGCCCCCAAACCCCACCGUGCUGCCUGGUAGGCAUGCUGAGCUGUGGGGACGAGGGUCUGGAGGGGUGGGGACCGGUCUGACCCACAGGCUUGCUCUGGUAUUCUAGGAACCUCUUCAGGAGGUAGAUACACUCGUGCUCUCGCCCAAACCUCCUUUGCUUUUCAGUGGCCUUGCCGCCUCCCAGUUGCACUUGGUGAUAAGGAAGACACGAUGGGCAGCCCUCCA